AUGGCGGCCGACACGAGUGAAAGUACUGCUGAAAAACUAACGUUUACGUGCGCAUCAUGUGGUUUUGAAUGUAAUUAUGAAUAUUUUGGGAAAAAGCCGCCUUUCUCAAAAUCAGUGGUGUACGUAUAUUAUUUUUUUGUCCGUGGUUUUUUAUUUUUUUGUUGCCGAACGUUAUUUCCGCGUGUCACGACGCAAUUUGCGCGCUCCCUUACGCGCCAAUCAAUUCGAACCUUCAAAAGCCCCUCAGGGAAACCCCAAGAGCUUUCAAGCUGAUUUUCCUGACUAUCAGCAUGUUGAAUGACUAUCAGCCGACAUAGUGAUUUAGGCUACAGAUAGAAAGUGGCAUUCUUUUCCUUUGAUAACAAUAACUUUCUUCACCUCUGUUUUAUGACAGACUUCUGGAAGAUGCAUUUGUUAUUCGAGAUCCUUUCUCACCAAAUGCUGGGCACUUAACAUUAGGUGGACGGUGCUGCUUGUGUACAAGACACAUUUGCAUUUCACAGGUAUAUGCGCAUAUUUCAAUGAUAUUGUUUGACUCUACAUAAUUUCAACUUUUUUUCCUUCCCAUCUUUUCUCUAUGCAGGCUUUCCUGUUCCAAGUCCCUGUUUCCCUAUCCCCUCAGACGUGGAGGGAAGGGGGGAGGGCUUCAUCCUCUUUCACUCCCAUGAGUGACCAGGACAGAAUUUCUCCUAACAACAUCUGUACAAAAUCAAGCACAGUAGUGAUAAGAAGAAAGUUUAAUAUCAAUUAGGGGAUUAUUAGUUGAUCCAGGACCAAAUUCUCCAAACUAACGUUAUAAGAAUUGUAUUGCAAACAGUAAUGGGAAUUACUAUUGAGAUCAUGGGGUGAAAGGGUUUAGUGUUAAUAGAAGAAAGCUUUGUAGGGUAGAGAGCUUCAGAAGGGCAUAAUUUAUAGAGCUAUGUUCAGGCCCCUGCAUUGUCAUCCCCGAUCACAGUUGAACCUCAAUUAAAUGGAACUGUGGGGACUGGGCUGAUAAAAAAAAUAUGAUUAUUAAUGAGCCAAAAUAAAACUGAAUAUGUAUAAUUCGAUGAAUUUUGUGUGAAUAUUAGAGGACAGUCUCAAAUAACUGUGCAUCACUUUUAACAAUUUGCCAAAGUAUUUACAAAUGCAGUUUGCUUCAAGCUACUCCACAUGUGCAAUUCUACCAUUCUUUGAGCUUGCAUUAAUGCUAUUGCAUCAACAUUGUUUUAGUUCAGCCUUCUCUAAUCAGAAAAAGUUGAUUGAAGGUCAACUGUAGAAGGUUGUGGAGUCAUGGUAAGUGGGAGAUUUAGCCAUAACACACACCCCCCCCUCCCCAACUGGUAAGCUGGACAUUAUAUUGGCCUCUUACUUGGGAGGUUUAAGCUCAAGCCCUGUAUCCCUGUUCCCCAGUCGAGAGGGAGUAUAAGGGGGGGGGGGAAAUACAGGGGAAAAGAUUCAGUCCUAGGUGCUAAUGCCUAAGGGUAGAUUAGAAAUUUUUGUUAAUUCUUAUCUGCUGGGUUAUAUUAUUAUUAUUAUUAUUAUUAUUAUAUUAUUUAUUAGUAGAAUGAGCAUGCUAAGCAGCAUCUGCCACUUUGUUUAUAAGCUUAUUCUGCACUCUCUUUUGUCCUGCAGGGAAUUUCAAUCCCUUUGAAGGGAAUGCAUUUUUUUACUUAGCUAACUAACUGUUCUUUUUACUUAUUGAUGGAGUGAAGCAAUAUAAGCAUGCUGUUAAGAGCAAUGCACAUUGGUGCAUUGCUGUAGAAGGUGGACUUUGAACUCUGAUGAUUCACAGUUCAGUGAAUGUUUCAUGUAGUUAGGAGAUGGACUCUAUAUUUAUUUGCAGUCUUCAUGUUUUAGCGCUCUUGGCUUGUUGUGCUCUGCUUAAAGAGACGCUGGGAAUUUAUACUCAAGUUUGGUUCCUUCAGAGUUUAUGUAACCAAAUACUGUUUAGGAGUAUCUUGUAAUUGCUUGCAAGCUGACAAUUUUUAAAAACUGAAAACUGUUUCUAUUUCUUAUCAGACAUGCAGUAUUUUCUACACUGAGCGGUUCUGUAUUUCGUGUGUUCAGAAGAACAAGGAAGAAUUUCCAGAUGAAAUACUCAAGGUAAGUUGUGAUGUUUACAGGCUAAUAUCCAUUCCCUACUUAGUUAAGAGAAUUGGAUUUCAGUGCCAAAGUAACGCCCCCUGCUGAUAAACUACGACUCUAGCGUUUUUAGCAAUGAAUCGAUGUUUAGGAGAACUUUUUGGUAAAUUACUUUGUUUGUUAAAAAGCUUAAACUUUGCCUUUACUGAAUAGUCUGAAAAUUUCCGGAAGAGUGCAUAUUUGCAAGUAUCGUCGUUACAUGAGAGGUUUCCUUUACACAUUUGGAUCAACUGUCUUAAAAUGUUAUCCAUUUUGAUUGCUGGUCAGUUGUUUGAAUUUGGACUGAAUUGGAAAUUUUCUUGGUCACUUAAAGUUUAAGUUGAACUUGUGCACGAUCUCCCUAAAUGGAAAGUAGAUAGCAGAAAGUUUUGAAAGUUCCAAACUCAUUUAAGAGCGCCUACGGGCAAGUGGUUAAUGCCAAGGUUAAAAGUUUAACAAGCUACGUUAUUGGCCCUCAAGAAACUGAAAUGCAAAAACAUACGAGUGACGUCUUCAAGAUACAGAAAAAGUAGCAUUACCCUAUGGGACGAGGAACAUAAACAGAAAUAAUUUAACUGAAGCGAUAGAAUUUUCAAAGAAUCGUGUGGCUUGGUAAAUACUUUGAAUUAUUUAUUAUUGAUACGCUCAAUAACAAUCUCUGACUUUCUUAACCUCGACUUGGCGUUACAAGAAUUAAAAAUUAAAUUUUUAAUAAAUAAUGGUUCCUCGGCAAUUUGACCAUUUUUCAGUACGAUGAGCAUUGAGCAGGCUCUCUUCCCCCAUCUUUCCCUUCUCUGAUGGAGGGCAUAUUAAAGGUCUUACUAAGGAAAACCAUAGUCGUAAUUGAAACGAUGAAACCUAAUUUCAAUCUAAAAAAUCCAAAUGCAAACAUUUUUAAGGGCACAGGUUUUAACUUAGUUCGUAGGGGUUGCCAGGACGAAGAUAUCAUAGGCAGUCUAAAGUACGUUUUCAACGUUGUAGACUCCGUGGGUUAAAUCCCCAUGUUUUGAAGAUCGCCAAAAAUGAGGCGUAAGUGAAGCUAAGACGUGUCUCGUGAUUUGCGUGUGCUCCCCAGAAUAGUAAUGCCGGUACAUAUUUCACAUGUGCGUGACGUAGGGAUCACCUCUCGCGCUGUGAUUGUCUGGCCGUGAGGUGAAUUUAUCCAUCGCACGUUUCAAGUCACGCUCCUUACUUAGCUAUGCUCACGGCUUACGUCACUAUUAUCAGCGCGCGAAAAUCAUGGGUUAAUAGGCCUGUCUCUCGUGCAUUCUGAGUUAUAUAAUAAAUUGGGAAUUUUAAACAUAUCCGAGGCUUGACACGUGUUGGAGAACGAUAAACUUCUUUAUAAUUCUGCGUGUUUACAUCUCAAGCAGCACUGACUGAUGGACUAGUAUUCGUCAAAACAUUGCAUCAGAUUUUUUUAUUUUUGGCGGGAAAGAUGGGGACCCUCUGGAGAGGGGCAUAGUACACUUAUCUUGUUCGCACGCGCAGCCAGAGGAUUCGCUGCUGGAGUCACACGUGUUUCGUGACGCAGUAGUUGACAGGGUCAAGGUUGUUCAUUGUUACACGUGGACUUGUGAAAUGUGGUUCAAUGCUAGGAAGUUGAAGUUCACACGGCCAAAAUAAACGCGCGCAGAUCAUGAGGGUGUGAUAUAACGGACCUGAAUAAGGCAAAAUUGCCUCGUGAGCAUUUUGUUACAUAAGUUAUUGGAAAAAUCAAUAUAUUUAUAAUUAGAAGAGAACACCAGAAAUUUUAAAAACCCGUCGUAGAAGUUCUCUGAUCUCCAAGUGUGUAACACUUGUGUAAUUCAAUCCUUUCCUAGGGAUGGUUUACUGCGUAUCCAACUUGAAAGAAAUGUCGCUAAGUUUUUUACUUUCGUUCUUCGCGAUCCAUACUACGCUUAUGUCACCGUUACUUUUUCUCGAUCCUUUAAAUUUGUUUUUACGGGUUUGAUUUUUGGGUUAUCGGCCUGAAAAACAACCAUUUCUAGGGUUUUCUCGUUUUAAUGUAGAGGCAAUGCUGAAUGCGAACAUGGCUUAAGUCUUGGACACGACGAAAUUAAAUCAAAUUUACCCAAUUUUUCUCCUUUUUUUUUCUGCAAUUUUCUCCUUAAAACCACCAUCAAACAACCAAAUUUGAGAGACGGUGCGCGGACAAGUUUUCUUUUUCGACGUUACCAGAACGUUAAAAUACCGUGUAGAGAUUGAAAAAAAAUACGGAAAGGAAGUUUUGAAAGUUGAUUCGAAUUUCAGAAGGAAAUUUAAAUAGGAAAACCUCAGCUGGUGUAAGGACUUGACAAGAUGCAAGGAUAUAAUAAAUUCACUUGUAACGUCACGUGUCACUAUUGACGUGACACGAUAACUGUAUUGUUGACUGCACAUUUUUUACCGGAGAAAGUUUAUUAAGCUCAUGCUUUAUUUUAAAUGUCUUGCAAUUAAGUAUCCAGCGAAAGCAGGGUCCUUCACUGGAUUCUUUUCUUAGCUUGUAGGCUUAAAAAUUCCGCCGUAACGAGGUGACUUUUCUUCAGCAUACUAUCGCUGUUCUCAUUAUGUCUUGUGGUACUGACUUGGAGAAAUUGCUAAGCAAACCAGAGCUUCCUUAGUGGGUAAUCAUCUCUUUUAUUUUCAUACUAUCAUGACUGAUUUAGCAAUGAUACUGUAAGGGGAGAUUAGAUGCCAGUCACUUCGGGAUUAAAGAGUCGAUAUAAGAUGGCGUAGUCUGAUUCAGAUAAGAUAACGCAAGGCUUUGGAGAGCUGUGUAAAUUCCGGGCGGUAAGAGAAUUGCGUUGACGCGUUAUUUGAUUUCUUCUUGUACCUGUAGGAUCUGCAAAAGAAAGAUUCCUCUUGUAGCUAGAGAACAUUCAAUGGAAAGCAAUGGGAGGAGAGACUGGUUGUCAAACACAGAGCGCAAACCCGAUGGAAGGGAAAGAAAAACGAAAUGCCUGAGAAAUUAGGGAGAAGGUGGAAUAAAAGGCAGCUUCUAAGAGGAAAAAAAACUUGUACUUAACCCCUAACAUACUAACAUCAGUAUGCAUAUUCUCCAUACUGUUCUCUAAACAUUUCCUUAGGUGCUGUCCUGGAGAAUUUGUUUAGUAACCAUGUGCUUCUUUUGUUGGUGAUCAUUUCCUUUAUUCUCGCGACCUUAAUGUUUGACUCAGGGGUGAUAUUGUCGGGAGAAAAUAGAUGUUAGUCACUCUUAGGGGUCAAAGGUUAAAGGGAAGAGGUAGUGGUAGUAGUAAGUGAUUCCCUUACAGAUCUUUGCGGAUCACAAGCUACAGUGUAAUCUGUGUGAUUAUGUCGCACGUCUUAGGUAAAUCUGAAGUAUUGCACGAUUUAGUUCAAUGCCGGCCAUAAAUUUGCGUGGACUUUUACUUAUCUGUUCCCUUGAUUCUGAGGGAUUGGAAAGUCAUGAGGUGGUUUUUAAAAGACAGAGUUGAACUUUGUCACCGGUCGUGCAAAAAUAAUAUUUUAGCUACCUGCAUUUUUAGUGAGUCUUGAGUACACGACCAAGGAUUGAAAGUAAUGUUCUUCUCCCCAGUUUGUCAUACACUGACAAAAUAUUCUUUCUAACAAGUUCACUGAAUUACAUGAACUAAUUUUUACAGCCAUCAGGGUAGGAAACUGCCUUUAGAGAUUAUUCUACCUUAUUAAAACACAACAUUACCCCAAGGUGGGACCGUUGGUGUCAGGGACCGACACCAAGACUUGUGUACAGCGGUCACAUGGCAAAUUGUAACUUUUACAUUGCCGUGUUGUCGCAUCAGUCAGUUUAGCCAACUUUUUUGGGCUAAAGAGCUUUUGUUUUUUAAAGGGAGUGUGAAGCAUGUAACAUUGUUGUGUUUGUUUGAUGAUAGAGAAUAUGGCGUGCUGUAUGUAAGAAGUAAUUGCUUAAAUAAACCAGCCCUGCUCUAAGUGUAUUGGUCUUUAAUCAACACAAUAUAACCGAAGGAGCG